AUGGCUUAUACCAAAGGUCACCGUCGCGAUGCAGUGAUGGUCAGCAUAGGGAAGCCUGUGAGCUUAACGGGAGGGCUAGAGUUCUCUAAUCUUACAUACACUGUGAAAAAGAAGGAAAAAAUUGAAGGGAAAUGGGUGAGUCAGGAAGUGGACUUGUUGCACAUGAUUUCUGGGUAUGCACCAAAGGGGUCUAUCACUGGAGUCAUGGGUCCAAGUGGCGCUGGGAAAUCUACCUUACUGGAUGGAUUGGCUGGACGCAUCUCGAGCGGGAGUCUCAAAGGUGGGGUAUCCUUGGAUGGGAUGGAGAUAAGCCCCAGCUUGAUCAAGAGGACUUCGGCAUAUAUAAUGCAGGAGGAUCUGCUGUUUCCCAUGCUGACUGUUUAUGAGACUCUCAUGUUUGCUGCUGAUUUUAGGCUGGGGCCUCUCUCAUGGAUGGAUAAAAAGCUACGUGUGGAGAAGCUUAUUGAGCAGCUUGGUUUGACAUCAUCACGGAACACAUAUAUAGGUGAUGAAGGGGCUCGGGGAGUAUCAGGUGGAGAGCGUCGCAGGGUCUCAAUUGGUGUGGACAUCAUCCAUGGACCUUCACUACUUUUUCUGGACGAGCCCACUUCAGGUCUAGACUCUAGCAGCGCUUACAGUGUAAUUGAGAAAGUGCACGAUAUUGCUCGUGCUGGAAGCACUGUAAUUCUCACUAUCCACCAACCCUCAUCCCGAAUUCUGUUGCUCCUUGACCAUCUCAUCGUCUUAGCUAAAGGUCAACUCAUGUUCCAAGGUUCGCCAAAGGACGUUGGCCACCAUCUCCGUGGGAUGGACCGCAAAGUCCCCAAGGGGGAAAACCCCGUAGAAUACCUUAUUGAUGUGAUACAGGAGUACAACCAGUCUGAGCAUGGAGUUGAGGUACUAGCUGCAUUUGUUCGUACUGGUCUGAAACCUCCUCCAUUAUCUGAAGAGGAAGUGUCGAUGUCAACAGUCCCUCCAACACCGACUCCAUCUCAUCACCAUGCCAGUCCUCUGGUGGAAGGAAGGCGCCUUCCCUUGCAAGCUGGCUCUCAGAGGAGUGCCACAGAUUUUGAUCAUAGUUUGAGAAGCCCUUAUAAUUACUCUAGGUCAUGGAGCGCUAGCCACAGUGGAAUUGUGCAAACACUGAGGUUCACACCUUCUCGUCAAAGAACUGACAGGAAAAUGAAUCCAAUGAGUGCAUCCCCUGGCUACACUCGCUCCAAUGAUAUCCUUGAAGGAACUCCUACACCUCAUAGCAGCGACUACACCGUCAAUGAAAGUGACUACCUCACUCCCAACAUAGCUCCAAAGGCGGCAGCAUACCAGCAUCUUGGCCCAAAAUUUGCUAAUUCCUUCUUGGAUGAGAUUUGGAUUCUAAUGCGCCGCAACUUCAUUAACAUCAGAAGGACUCCUGAGCUUUUCCUCUCUAGGCUAUUAGUCCUCACAGUCAUGGGCUUUAUGAUGGCCACCAUGUUCACGAGACCUAAAGCAGACAUUCAAGGAAUUACAAGUCGCCUCAGCUUCUUCAUCUUCACUGUCUGUCUCUUCUUUUUCUCUUCCAAUGACGCUGUCCCAGCUUUCAUCCAGGAGCGCUUCAUCUUCGUCCGGGAGACUGGUCACAACGCCUAUAGAGCCUCCACUUACACCUUUGCUGGCCUCAUCACUUACCUUCCUUUCUUCGCGGUGCAGGCUGGUGUGUAUGCAGGAAUUGUUUGGUUUGCCCUCGGACUCCGAGGACCUUUCCUCUACUUUUUGAUCGUCCUAUACAUGUCCCUCCUCUCCACCAACUCAUUUGUGGUGUUUGUGAGCUCAGUGGUGCCAAAUUACAUACUGGGUUAUGCUGCAGUCAUCGCUUUCACAGCUCUCUUCUUCUUGUUUUGUGGGUACUUCUUGAACGGCCAGGAUAUCCCAAGCUACUGGAAGUGGAUGAAUAAGUUCUCGACAAUGACGUAUCCUUAUGAAGGCCUCCUAAUGAACCAAUAUCAGACCAAUGAUACUUUCGGUGUAAACCCAUAUGGACAAAAUAUCACUGGGAACGACAUCUUAAAUCAGCUGAAUGUCUCUACUGUUGAAUUUGAUAAGUGGAAGAAGGUCUUCAUAAUGUUGGGUUGGGCUGUUCUAUAUAGGGUUUUGUUUUACGUAGUCCUCCGUUUUGCAUCCAAGAACCAGAGGACAUAG